AUGAGUGUAGGACUGAAUCCCAAGAGGAUUGUGGAACUCAAGGAAUGUGUACACAUCUUGCUCCUGGUUUAUCAGCUUAGAGCUUUUGAGGGAGCUCAGAUGUCCCAAAAGAUGGUGCAGUUUCUUAGUAGGCUGAUUGCAGUGGAAGGCAGCAGUUCGCUCCCUUACUUCCUGGUUCUGUUCAGCCAGCCAGCUGGAAGCAGUGGCAGGAGAAGGGAAGAAGAGGAGAACAAUGAACGAGAGACAUUUAUUCCUGUGAUUUCCUCACUGAGAGUGUUAUGUGGCAAAAGCCAGACACAUUCCUCUUCUGAAACACCACAACACCCGCCUGCUGGACUCUCACCUAUGCUGACACCCUUUGUAGGAUUCCACUUGUCUUCACCGACCUCAGAAAUAAGCCUUAUGUUGGAGAUUCAAGCUCCUGCCCUUCUUAAUACUGAGGUUGAGGCAGAUACUUCCACUGUCUGUGUUCCCCCUGCUGCACUAGAAAAUGAGAAAGUGGCCAGCCGAGCCUCAGCAGUCCGUCUUGUAGGGUCCGCCGCCUUCCCGGGCACGGUCGCCCACCACCAGGAUGGCUGGAAUGGCCUUAGUCAUGAAGCAUUUAGAUUUGUUUCAAGGAGAGAUUAUGCAUCAGAAGCAGUCAAGGGUGCAGUUGUUGGUAUUGAUUUGGGUACUACUACCAACUCCUGUGUGGCAGUAAUGGCGGGUAAACAAGCAAAGGUGCUGGAGAAUGCCGAAGGUGCCAGAACCACCCCUUCCGUUGUUGCCUUUACAGUAGAUGGGGAGUGACUUGUUGGCAUGCCAGCAAAGCGACAGGCUGUCACCAACCCAAAUAAUACUUUCUGUGCCACCAAGCAUCUCAUUGGCCAGCGCUAUGAUGACCCUGAAGUACAGAAAGACCUUAAAAAUGUUCCCUUUAAAAUUGUCCGUGCCUCCAAUGGCGAUGCCUGGGUUGAAGCUCAUGGAAAACUUUAUUCUCCAAGUCAGAUUGGAGCAUUUGUAUUGAUGAAGAUGAAGGAGACUGCAGAAAAUUACUUGGGACACACUGCAAAAAAUGCCGUGAUAACAGUCCCUGCUUAUUUCAAUGACUUGCAAAGACAGGCCACUAAGGAUGCUGGCCAGAUAUCUGGACUGAAUGUGCUUUGGGUGAUUAAUGAACCAACAGCUGCUGCUCUGGCCUAUGGUCUAGAUAAAUCUGAAGACAAAAUAAUUGCUGUAUAUGAUUUAGGUGGUGGAACUUUUGAUAUUUCUAUCCUGGAAAUUCAGAAAGGAGUAUUUGAAGUGAAAUCUACCAAUGGGGACACUUUCUUAGGUGGUGAAGACUUUGACCAAGCUUUGUUACGACACAUUGUGAAGGAGUUCAAGAGAGAGACAGGAGUUGAUUUGACUAAAGACAACAUGGCACGAAGAGUGCGGGAAGCUGCUGAGAAGGCUAAGUGUGAACUCUCUUCAUCUGUGCAGACUGACAUUAACUUGCCAUAUUUUACAGUGGAUGCUUCUGGACCCAAACAUUUGAAUAUGAAGUUGACCCGAGCUCAGUUUGAGGGAAUUGUCACUGAUCUAAUCAAGAGGACUAUCGCCUGCCAGAAAACCAUGCAGGAUGCCGAAAUCAGCAACAGUGACAAAGGAGAAGUGAUUCUUGUUGGUGGCAUGACUAGAAUGCCCAAGGUUCAGCAGACCGUACAGGAUCUUUUUGGCCGAGCUCCAAGUAAAGCUGUUAAUCCUGAUGAGGCUGUGGCCAUUGGAGCUGCGAUUCAAGGAGGUGUGUUGGCUGGUGAUGUCACAGAUAUGCUGCUCCUGGAUGUCACUCCUCUGUCUCUGGGUAUUGAGACUCUGGGAGGUGUCUUUACCAAACUUAUUAACAGGAAUACCACUAUUCCAACCAAGAAGAGCCAGGUGUUUUCUACUGCUGCUGAUGGACAGACUCAAGUGGAGAUAGUGUGUCAGGGUGAGAGAGAGAUGGCUGGAGACAACAAGCUUCUUGGGCAAUUUACUUUGGUUGGCAUCCCCCCAGCCCCUUGUGGAGUCCCUCAGAUUGAAGUUACAUUUGACAUUGAUACCAAUGGGAUUGUACAUGUUUCUGCCAAAGAUAAGGGUACAGGACAUGAGCAGCAGAUUGUAAUCCAGUCUUCUGGUGGUUUAAGCAAAGAUGAUAUUGAAAAUAUGGUUAAAAACGCAGAGAAGUAUGCUGAGGAAGACCGGCAAAAGAAGGAACGAGUUGAAACAGUUAAUAUGGCUGAAGGAAUAAUUCAUGACACAGAAACAAAGAUGGAAGCGCUCAAGGACCAACUGCCUGCUGAUGAGUGCAACAAGCUAAAGGAGGAGAUUUCCAAAAUGAGGGAGCUCUUGGCUCAAAAAGACAGUGAAACAGGAGAAAACAUCAGGCAGGCAGCAUCUUCCCUCCAGCAGGGAUCACUGAAGCUCUUCGAAAUGGCAUACAAAAAGAUGGCAUCUGAAAGAGAAGGCUCUGGAAGUUCUGGCACUGGAGAACCAAAGGAAGAUCAAAAAGAGGAGAAACAGUAAUAGCAGUAUAUUUUGUAGUCAAAAGGGCAACGUACUAUGCAGCUUG